CAAACAGAAAACUACAAUAACAGAAAACCAUCAUGGCGGCGCCCAUGAGGCUCAUAUCAAGGUUGACUCUGGUCACUGGUGGAGGCAGCGGGAUCGGCCGCGCCGUGUCUCAGCGUCUGGCCUCUGAAGGCGCCUCAGUGGUGGUCGCUGACAUCAGGGAGGAUUCAGCCAAUGAGACGGUGGGAUAUCUGCAGAGUGACCUCAAAGGUCAGAGUCACAUGGCGGCUGCAGUGGACGUGUCGUCAAAGGAGAGCGUGACGAAGCUGCUGACGAGGAUCCAGACUCGUUACUUCCAGCCUCCCUCAGUGUGUGUGAACUCUGCAGGCAUCACUCAGGACGACUUCCUGCUCAACCUGGAGGAGGAGAAGUUCGACAGAGUCAUCCAGGUCAACCUGAAGGGUUCGUUCUUGGUGACCCAGGCUGUGGCUCAGGCUCUGGUUGCCUGUGGAUCUCCUAAAGGAUCCAUCAUUACUCUGGGCAGCAUCGUAGGAAAAGUGGGAAACCUGGGCCAGGCGAACUACGCUGCCUCUAAAGCCGGAGUCGAAGGUUUAACCAGGACGGCUGCUAAAGAGCUGAGCCGGUUUGGGAUUCGUUGUAACUGCGUGCUGCCUGGUUUCAUAACCACUCCCAUGACCGACGAAGUUCCAGAGAAGGUCCUAGUCAAGAUGAAGACCCUGGUGCCUCUGGGUAGAAUGGGUGAACCUGCAGAGGUCGCUGAUGUUUGUGCCUUUCUGGCUUCAGAUGAUUCUCGUUACAUCACAGGAGCCAGCAUCGAGGUCACAGGUGGACUUUUCAUGGGUUAAAACACAACAACCUGUUCAUGAAUCCCGAAGAGAAGAUGCUUCCUCCCUAAAAUAGUUAAUUAAUGUAGUAAUUAUUUAAAUGUGAUUUUAUAGGACAAUAUUUGUAAUUAUGAAGCUACUUUUUGUAUCAAUAAACAGCUGAAUGCCAUGUUGAAGCAUUUCUUCAUUAAAUAUUUUAUUUAUAACCUGAUAU